GGCAUGCAUACCGGAAUUCCGGAAUAUCGUAAUUCCGGUAUCCCGGACAGAUUUUUUCGAUAUUUCAACACCGGAACUGAAGGGACAAAUACCGUAAUACCGGUAUUAAAAAAAAAUAAUAAUAAUAAUUAAAAAUUACACUAUAUUACACAAUAAUAAUAUAAUCAGCCGCUAGUUGAACGGCGCUGUUUGGUAAAGAGGCUAGGCUGUUAUUUAAACGGCUGUGAGCUGCGACAUAGAUACGGCUCGGCUUAAUCCGAACUAUUCCGAACCGAACGCAAGCCGCGAGCCGCGACGCGGCAAGCGCUCCCCGGUCCCCGCGCAGCAUUCAUUGCAGUCGCCUAAACAUCUAUAGCGAGUGUGCACGUAUGCGGUGUAGUGCGCGGCUUCACGCGACUGUUAAUAUACAAUGUCGACUUUGAAUAAAAAAGUUCAAUACUUUGAAUUCUCUAACAAGAGAACAACCACUAAUAUCUGGAAUCAUUUUCUUCGUGCAAGUGAUGGUCAAAGCGCAAAGUGCAAAACUUGUCACAAAAUAUUAAAAAUUAGCGGUGGUUCUACUACCGGUUUACAUACGCAUUUUCGAUCAGUACACCCAUAUUUAAAUACAACAAAUACAGAAGAGGAUAAUGAAAAUGUUACAUCAAUAAGUGUACCAGACAUCACUCCAGGGACUUCUAAACUACCGGUAGCAGACGCAAAAAAGAGAAAACUCGUGACAGAUUUCUUUAGAUCCGGUGAUUCAAUAGAGGUAGUUGUGUCCCGAAUGGCAGCAUUAGAUGGGUGUACCUUUAGAUUUCUAACGGAGAGCCAAGAUUUGAGAAAUGUAUUUAAAAAAAGUGGAUACGAUUUGCCCAAAUCAUCCAAUACAAUAGGAAAAAUAAUAUUUACUCAAGCUGAAGAAGUCAAAGCUGCAACUAUUACCAAAAUAUUGGAAUUAAAAACAGCCGGAGAAAGAUUUGCGUUGACAUUGGAUGAAUGGACGUCUUUGCGUAAUAAGCGCUAUAUGAACAUAAAUUUACACAGCAAAGGUUUCGGUGGUUUUAAUUUUAAAAAUCUAGGUCUCGUCAAGAUCAGUGGUUCAAUGCCAGCUCAGAAAGCGUUUGAAUUAUUACGAGACCAUCUUGCAAAAUUCAAAGUCUCUGUGGAUGACGACGUCAUAAGUCAAACCACUGACGGGGCAAGUGUGAUGAUCAAAAUGGGGACUUAUUUCAAAGGAUAUCACCAGCUGUGUCUCGCUCAUGGCAUUCAACUGGCUGUUAUCGAUACUCUUUACAAACUUGGAUCUCAAAUACCUAUUAUUCACCAUACAUCUGAUGAGGAAUUUGAAAGUGACGACACUUACGAAGACGAUGAGGAUUUGGCAACAAAUGAUAGUAGUUUUCAAAUUGAAAUUCCCACUGCUCGUGCUAGUGUAAAGUUAUAUCCGGAAGUUAUAUCAAAAGUUCGAAGCCUGGUAAAGUCGGUAAGAAAAUCACCACUCAAAGCAGAUACACUCCGAGACUAUGUACUCCGGCAACAUGGCAAAGAAAUACAGUUACAACUAGAUUGUCGUACGCGUUGGUCGAGCAUGUCUGAUAUGAUUGGGGUAUUUUUAAAGUUAAAAGACUCUAUUUCGAAAGCUUUAAUUGAUUGGAAAUCAGAUAUUUCGUUUUCGGAGAAUGAUAUCCAGUGUCUUAACGAGAUCCAUCACAGCUUGAAUGUGGUAAAACUGACAGUUAUGUCUUUAUGCCGACGUGAAACGACGCUCUAUACGGCCGAUACUGCAUUAAAGUUUAUGCUUAAAAAACUAGAUGAACAGGACACUUUUUUAAGUAAAAAUCUGGCAUCGAAUUUGCGAAGUCGUAUAAAAGCAAGAAGGCUUUUAUUAGCAGGUGUGCUUCAUUAUUUGCAUGAUGCAGAGGAUUUUUUUGCGGAACCAGAUAAUGACACUUUUCCCAAACCUGAUAGUAAUGAAAUAUCUGACAUUGUCGUCAAUUUACUAAGUCAGCUUAAAUACAAAACUACGGCCGCGUUCGCAACGGAUGAUUCAUGCAACAGCCGUGACUCUAAUCUCCAAUUUGAAAGGUCUGAGGAAUCGUUGACGUUGACAUUACAAGAACAGCUAGAGAAAGAACUAGAAAAAUGUCAACAAUUUAACAAGAAUAAAGAUCAGUCUUCUAACACCAAUUUGGACCUUUUGGGAUUCGUCCAAAUAGAAAAGGCUAUAUAUGAUAAUGGAGGGCAACGAGGGAUAUAUCUCACAGAGGCAUAUAAAUAUUUGAUGUGCAUUUUACCUACUAGUGUAGAGAGUGAGAGAGUCUUUUCGAGCGCCGGUUAUUUUUGUAACCGUCUGCGAAGCUCACUUUCUGAUAAAAUGUUGCACGCACUAUUGUUCUUAAGAACACAUUAUCAGGAGCAGAGAUUACUGGCCAAAAUCAAGUAAACUAAAAACGUAGGUGUUCCUAUUUGAUCUUUAAUGUUUGUUGAUUUUGUUGUCAAAUAGAUGUUCAAAUAUUGUUUUUAUUUUUUGUCUACUAAUUUUGAUAUUAGAAUUAUAAGAUCGACACGGAGUCGGAGACGUAUUUUUAAAAUAAAUCUUAUUUGAUUUGAUUUCAAUUAUGUUUAACGAAUGUUGAUUUAUUUUUUAUUUAAUUUAAUUUUGAUAUCAGAAUUAUAAGAUCGACAAGGAGUCGGAGAAGUAUUUUUAAAAUAUGUCUUAUUUGAUCUCAAGUACUUAUGUUCAAAAUUCAAAUUCAAAAAUUCUUUAUUAAAUCAACGUAUUACAUAAUACACAGGUAGCAGAGACCCAUCAAUUAAGUUAGAAAAAACCUGUGUCUGAUGAGUCCCGCUCUUUCACCAGAUGUCUUAAUGCCUUAUCUAAAAAUAACAUAACAAAAAUAAUUGUUUUAUUCUAAAAACAAUAUUUUGUAUGUCUCUUUUAAACCACACGAGUUAACAAUGCCUCAGUAUCGUCAUAGUCUAGGUUCUGUAACCACGAUGAUAAUGCCAAUUUACAAUCAUAAAGGGUUUUAGCGUAAAUUCCUACCUUUUUGUCCAAUAACUUAUACAAAUAGACAGACAAUUUAUAGUUUUGGUUGGAUGCAAACACAGUAUUGACAGUUUCUAUGUGAAUGAUUAUAUUUGGUCUUCUGUUAACUAGGUUAUCUUUUAUAAAUUUUAUUGAUUUGUGUUGUUUGAGUACAGAAUGUAAUAUAUAUAGUUGCCUAAUAGUCAGUACUUUAGUUUCGGUGUACAGAGAGUGUGUUGGAUAGCGGUAAGGCUUAAAGCACAUUAUUUUUAGUAAUGACCGUUGGGCUCGUUCUAGUUCUAGUAGCUUAGACUUGCCAGUACAACCCCAUACUGGGAUACAAUAUGUGAGAAUUGAUUGAACAAGAGAUAUGUAAAUUUUUCGUAAUAAUUUUAUGUCAGCUACGUGCCUAAGGUUUUUAAAGAUCCAGGAUAGUUUCCUUACUCUAGCCGUUACAGAUUCUACAUGGGAAUGCCAAUUAAUGUUCUGAUCGAUUACUACACCAAGGUACUUUGCAGCUUUUACUUUGGUAAUGAUCAUGCAACUACAAGGCUCCUGAGAACUCCGACAGUCAUGAAGCUUUAAUGUUGAACUUUCAGGUGGUUGGGAAUCAUUACGAAUAGAAAAGGCAAUAUAAUUAGUUUUAGAAAUAUUUAAGGUAAGGAUGUUAGAUUUUAACCAAUUGUUAGCUGUUUUUAGUCCUUGUUCUGCGAGCUCAUACACAUUUUCCCAAGAGUCACCCGAAAAGACAAUGGCUGUGUCGUCUGCAUAGGAGAACACCUGACCUCCUCUCAGAUUUAACUCGCAUAAGCUAUUUAUAUAAAUGAGAAAAAGAGUAGGGCCAAGUACACUGCCUUGAGGGACACCAUGUGUUAUCAACCCAUCCUCGCUCAAGAACUGUCCUACUUUAACUUUUUGUCUCCGAUCGUGUAGGUAGUCUGAAAACAGUUUUAGAGGUGCACCCCGUAUUCCUAUAUGUUCGAGCUUUUGCAGAAGUAUUGGUACCGACACCGUAUCAAAUGCAUUUUUUAAGUCUAGGAAUACGGAAAUGCAUUUUUUCCUAGAAUCUAGUUGUGAGACCACCAAUUUAGUGAAGUCAGACACUGUAUCUUCCGUACUACGGCCAGAUCUAAAUCCGUAUUGACGUAUGUUUAACGAAUGUUGACUUAAUUUUUAUUUGAUUUAAUUUUGAUAUUAGAGUUAUAAGAUCGACAAGGAGUCGGAGAAGUAUUUUUAAAAUAUGUCUUAUUUGAUUUGAUCUCAAGUACUUAUGUUUAACGAAUGUUGACUUAAUUUUUAUUUGAUUUAAUUUUGAUAUUAGAGUUAUAAGAUCGACACGGAGUCGGAGACGUAUUUUUAAAAUAUGUCUUAUUUGAUUUGAUCUCAAGUAUGUUUAAAGAAUGUUGAUUUAAUUUUUAUUUAAUUUAAUUUUGAUAUUAGAAGAAAAUAAAAGACUGAAUAGACGAUUGUUCUUUUAUUUAAACACACUAUGUAUGUUAUCUUAUAAUAAGUAUAGAUUUAUAGAAUAAAAACAAAUGGUGCCAAUUCCGGUACCAGUACCGGAAUUCCGGUAUUAGGUCUCUAGUACCGAAACUCAAUUCCGGUAUUGAUAACUUUCCGGUAUUGCAUGCCCUAGAUA